CAGAAGUCAGAAGUCACAAGUCACAAUAAUUUCUCUCUGCAUAUUUGAAGUAUUUAUGGUGGAUAUAAUAUAGCUAGACUGGAUUAAUACAUAUGUACAUAUUCGUGAAGGAUUCAGGAUAAAGAAUCUGGAACUUUAUAUUUACAAAAAUCAAUAUUUGAAGAGAAAUUUGGAGGAAAACCAUAUGUUCUUUGUUUGAAUUAUUGAACAUUUUAAACAGUUGGUGCUAACCAAGGAGCUAAGACAGCCAAUUUAGGUUACAGACUGUAGUAAGGUGCUACCAUCGUAUUAGCCUGAUAGACUUAUAGUUAGGCCUGAUAGAAUAAUUGGCAGACUUGGAAUAGUUUUAAACCAUGGAAACUGGAACUGUUAGCCAAUUGUUAGGCAGUUACUCUGAUACAGACUUGGAUACUUCCACAGAAACCCAAAUUGGUUUAGCUGGCAUUCAGGGGUUGUCUCAAAGUAGUCAGGGCCAAUCCCAAGAUGUUGACAAUCUGGACAAUACAGAGCUAGCCACUCCUCAUCCUACCAGACGAUCAGGCCGCACAACCAAGCUCAAAACCCUCAAGACCCCUCUCACUGCUUCUAGACUUGUGACAUCCAAACCCAAGAGAGGGCGCCCAAGAACAAUUAAGUCCCAACCUGUUAGGACUAAACCCGCUCAAUCAAAUCCUGCUCUGACACACCCGGUUGAUCUUAUAACCAUAAUGACAAUGCUGAGGGACAUGUCUGAGGAUAUUAAACAUCUGAAAGACAUUAAUAAAACUAAUGCAGACCUGGUAAAGCAGCUGUCACGUAAAACAGCUGACAAUGAAGAGCUCCACAAGGAAGUCGCCACUUUGAGAAAACAACUUGUAAAUAAGACAGUUUCACCCCCAAAUGACAAUGUGAAAUCCCUUCUUAUAGGAUCAUCAAUAGUUCGUGACAUUGAUGAAGCCAAACUGAACAAUACGGAAGUUAUAUGCAUACGAGGAGGAAAGAUAUCUGACAUUCACAAGAAACUACUUACCAUGAAGAGGAAGUUUGACCAUAUAUACCUGCAGGUGGGAAGUAAUGAUUGUUCUGAGAGAGAAGACGUCAAGCUAAUAUCAGAAGAUUAUACCCUCCUAAUCCGUACAGCAAAACAGUGUUCCAGUUCUGUCACUGUUUCUAGCCAAACACCGCGCAUAGGUGCUACUCAAACCCAGGAGCGCAUUGACCAACUCAAUGGUUUCCUCCUUUGCCAUUGCCAAGAUGAAGAUGUAAUUUUCAAUGACAAUGAUAUCAACUUUCGGCUCAAGGAUGAGUCAAUCAACACUGGAUAUAUAUGUGCCGACAAAGUCCACCUUAGUUUUGCAGGCACCAAUAGCCUGGCCAAAAACCUCAAACUCAAAAGCAGUUGUGAUGAUGUCACCCUACCCAAGAAUAAAAGGUUUGACCCUCUGCAGAAAAAAUCACAGCAGCAGCCACAGAAUAAGCGCCAAACACAGCAACACCAGCCCAAUGAUUCAAUAAGUCCAGUGAUGCACCCCCAAAGUGAUAUGCCCAGACAAUCCGGUUAUAAUAACACACGUAAACCGAGAUCGAAGCAGACUUAUACCCCACAGCAAGAAUGCCACUUUAUUACUUCAUCAAGGGACAAUCUUGUGUGCUUGAAAUGUGGCGAGCCGGGUCAUUUAUCUCCCUCGUGUUGGCAUCCUAACACAGUGCGGUGCCAUUCCUGUCGGGAAUUGGGACACAAAUCCUCCAGGUGCCCCAAGUCUGAGGUUCUACCAUUAAUGACCAGACAAUUUGCAAAUACCAGAAUUGCCAAUGAGCGUGCUCCACCAAUGACCCAUGAUUAUGAUGGUCAUUACAUUAAGGACUAUGGACAUGGCAAUAAUAACUUUAGGAAUAGAUUUGCUGUUCUUGAGCAUUAUUAG